GUUUUUGGCGCAUGUAAUGAACUGGUAGCAUGUUUCCUAGUUUACUUUGAAAUGAUCUCUAGCAGCAGCUGAGAUCCCAUCCCACUCGUCUCAGUGCUAGCUUGUACAAUCACAGCUGGCUCAGCUCACCUCAGAGCAGGAGCAUCAUGUGGCUUCCACACUAAAAUGCCGUGAUCCACGGCCACGUUGUCCGCCUGAUUGGAAAUAUUCUCUUAACUUUCUUUGGAUUACAUCUGAGGAUGUUCUGAGCUCACUUUUGGAGGAAAACUAAACGUUGGAUGCGUGAGAUUCUGUCUCUAUCCGUGCGUAAAAAGGAGUCUGUGACGCGCAGCGCCCAUUUCACCAGAAGCAGCGGGGGGGUUAAGUUUUUAUCAGGCACAGAUGUGCUCCUGUCGAAGAGGGGCUCCCGCAGUGGAGGGAUCCAGGUGGGUUGCCCGAAGACCCCCCACAAAUCUUCCGAGAGUUUGCUGCGCCUCCGUGCGGCACGUCCGCAGUUAGACCUCUCUAGCGCAUCGCCGCGAAUUCAUGGACCACCAAGCGAUGUUUUUAUGCAACAACACCAGUGCCGUAAAGGACUGGAGCUACUUUCUGUCACAGAUUCUGCCCCUGAUGAAUAAAAGCACGGUUUUGGUGAGCAUGGAGAAAGCGGAGAGCGUGACCACCACAGUGGUGACGUCUCUGCAGCUGGACGGUGCCAUGAGCGCCAGCAACGCGCCCCUCAACUCCAACCACACGUCGGGAAUGGAGCACAUCUUCCAGUACUCCUACUCUGAGAGCGACCUGCUCUUCACGGAUUACCGGACGCCUGCGCGGGACUCCAUCCCGCUGCCCAAAGCUCUACUCUACCUGCUCAUGGCGGCGCUGAUAGUGGUGGCGGUGGCAUAUGCGAUCGUGGGGCAUCUGCUCAAAGAUUUGGUCAAUGACUUUUUGGGUGGAGGCAGGUCGGCGGUUGCUGAAGGUGACGAGGAUGAAACCAGUGGGCCAGACUGGAUGCUUGGUUCCCGUCAAGCUGCUCACCCCAAAGAGUUUGCCAUCAGCUGCAUUACCAGCAACAUCAACGAGGGGAAGGACCAGGGCGAGAGGCCGCGGCUGGUGGAAAUGAGCUACAUCUCCCUGAAUCAAACCAAUUGCCUCACAUCUGGAAGACCAGAGGAGAUCGUGGUCACAAUAGACGAAACACUCGAGCAGCGCCCCCCAGACACUCACUCUGUAACGUGAUGAACCAUCCAGAUAUUCCAGAGAGAAAAUCAAAGCACUUUCUGGCUGAGGUGGAGUUUGUCCAAAGCCUCUUCCAUCACCUGUGUGCUGGAAAGAUGGUAUGUUGUGUAGAAGGACUUCAAAUGCAUCCAGUGUUUUUAGCUGACGGAUGCAAAUGGAGGCUCUGCAGACAGGAAAAAGACGUUUUUAUUGAAUGUUCACAUUUGGUCCUUACUGUGCAAAUCAUUUCUUCUUUAUUACAGUUCAGUGUCAAAUGGUAUUUAGUUCCUGAUUGUGCACCACUCACUCUAACACAAUUUUAACACUGUAUUCAUUCAAGACAAAGAUUUAAAUGACAGAGUGUGUUUUUGGAUGAAACGUUUACGUGAAUAUGAUUUAAAAACCAAAAUGUCAAAAACAGGGACGCCGCCAUUUAUUUAACUAUGGCUUUAAAAUCCAAAA